AUGCCGCCUUCACAGAAGGUCCACUCCUCUCCGUCAUUGUCCUCGUCGUCGUCGUCGUCAGGCCCGCGGAGAAUCGUCUUCUUUCAUCCAGACCUUGGAAUUGGCGGGGCUGAACGCCUGAUCGUAGAUGCUGCAGUAGGCCUACAGGAACAAGGAAACAAAGUGACUAUUUUCACUUCACAUUGCGAUCCUCAGCAUUGCUUUGAAGAGGCACGAGAUGGCACUCUAGAUGUUCGAGUCCGUGGACAUACUCUCUUUCCUUCCACCCUCCUCAAUCGUUUCCAUAUCCUCUUUGCAACCCUACGUCAGAUCCACCUUGUCCUCUCCAUCGCCGUCUGGAGUAAGGAGCUGGAUAGCCUGAAGCCGGAUGUAUUUGUGGUUGACCAGCUGGCUGCCUGUGUUCCCCUCUUGAGAUGGCUGUAUCCAGGCCGCCAAAGAACCCUGUUCUACUGCCACUUCCCCGACCAAUUACUCGCGGAUCGGCGAACACCUGGUAUUCUGGGCUUGAUCAAGAAAAUAUACAGGUUUCCCUUCGACUGGUAUGAGGGGUGGAGCAUGAGUGCAAGUGACAAGAUCGUGGUUAACUCGGCCUUUACCAAAUCUGUGGCAUCGCGGGUGUGGCCGAACCUGGCGGACUCACUGGGUGUCAUAUACCCCUGUGUGAGUGUGGAAGCUAAAGAAUCCCCACCCGCAUUGGACCAGACGCCUCUGUGGGAUGGGCAGUUCAAGAUUCUCCUGAGCAUCAAUCGGUUUGAACGGAAAAAGGACAUCGGAUUGGCCAUCCGAGCGUAUGAUAAGCUGUCUGCCGCCGAGCGAAAGGGUACCCGUCUGGUGAUUGCCGGUGGCUACGACCAGAGACUUCCUGAAAAUGUCCAAUACCACAAAGAGUUGGUUGAUUUGGCUGAGGGGCUUGGUUUAUCCACUGCCACGGCGAAGACAGUGCCUACAGCCUUGGGAAUUCGCAACAAUAUCCAAGUGUUAUUCUUGUUGUCCGUGCCAGGGCCUUUCAAGACCACCUUGUUGAAUAAUGCCCGCUUACUGGUGUACACACCACCAAACGAGCACUUUGGAAUCGUACCGGUGGAAGCGAUGCAGUACGGCGUUCCGGUUCUGGCUUCCAACACCGGGGGCCCUUUGGAGACAAUUGUCGAAGGCAAGACUGGGUGGCUACGCGAUGUUUCCAAGGUGGACGAGUGGGCUGCCAUCAUGAAAAAGGUGCUGCAUGAGCUUGACCCAUCGGAGCUGAGGAGUCUGGGUCGAAGUGGAAAGGAAAGAGUACAACAGCAUUUCACCAAACAAAUCAUGGCAAGGAAAUUGCAGGAUGAAAUGUCGGAAAUGCUGACGGGUAAGAGAAGUGCCUUCCUGGAAAGAAAAGAUAUCACUUUGGGGCUCUGGAUCGCAGCCGCUUUCCUAGCAGCAUUGGUAUCGACCAUCAUCAAAGCAAAGUCAGGGCGUGUUGAUCCGAGAGCUAGCGCAUUCACGCAAGCGAGGAGGAUGAAUACGGGGCCUGGUGCAGAAGUCAAUAUGUUCAAGACGAUGCAGUAG